AUGAAGAAGGCUAUCGUGAUGACCAUGGGUUUAGAGGAUUCCUCCAUGCCUGAGAAGAAGGCCUAUAAUCAAUCGCCCAUCCCUCUGUAUUACCAUGGACCGGAACUAUCCUUAAACAUGAGACUUCUACCUCUACAGAGACAGCUGCCAGGUAUGGUGACUGCUGUCCUUGCUGGUGCCGUCCCGUCUAAACUGACCGGGUGGAGCGUCGUGUGCCUCUUGCAAGGAACCAUGUUGGGCCGUCUCUUCCUCUGCUGCCGUGGUGCCUUGGGAAUACAGAACUACUGCCAAGACUAG